AUGGGAUAUGCUUUGGCUGCAGCAACAUCACCGAUCAAAAUCACAUCUCCGGGUGAAAUUUUUCGAUCCUCAUCGAACAAAAUACUGCCUUGUCCUCGUUGCCAUCGUCAUGAUCGUGUUAUUGAUCGUGGGGCUCUUCUUGAUCGUCUUUUUGAUAGUAUGGAUCGUCUUAAUGAUCUUGAUGCUGCUGCUUCUCGUGAUUUUCGUGGUCGUGAUGCUGAUGCUCGUGCUCGUUAUCUUAGUGAUGUUAAUCUUGGUCUUUCUAUUGCUCUUAAUAAUCGUCUUGAUGAUGUCAUUUUUGAUCUCGGUGAUCUCGGUGAUCCUGAUGAUGCUGCUCGUACUGGUUAUGUUGGCACAAAGACAAAUUUUUGUUUUUUUACUGUCGAAGGUUGCAAUGACUUUUAUGUCUGCGAGUACGAACAUUAA